CAAAUUACAGCACUAUUGCGUUUUUUCGUUUGCCGCACACGUGCCCAGAUUUGUGAUAUUUUCAUUUACAUUAUUUCUACUUUGCAAGUCUUUCAAACUUUUCUUGGUCUUUCUAAUAAGAAUAUUAGGAAAAAAUAUUCAAGUUUCAGCAUACUUCAACAACAUCGUAUAUGGCAAUGGUAUCUGAAGCUAAGAUGAACGGAGCUCCUGGCGCUCCGGCGGAGGUAUUGCCAGCGUUGGCGGAGCACCCCGCGGGCCUACCGCCGGGAGAAUACUCGCUGGUUGGCUGGGAUAUGGACACGACGGGAAGAAGACUCAUUGAUGAAAUAUGCCAGAUUGCAGCGUAUACACCGAAACAGACUUACUCUCAGUACAUAAUGCCAUACGGGGACCUCAACCCUGGAGCUCGGAGACGACAUAAUGUUCGUGUCGUCACCGUCGGGAGAUAUAGAAUGUUGAAGGAUACCAUUACUCAUAAGAUAUUAAAAACUAAAUCUGAAAUAUCAGCUCUCACAGACUUCCUGGACUGGUUGGAGAAGGAGAAAGGGGACGGCAGUGUUAUAUUAAUCUACCAUGAGCCGAGACGGUUGAGUCCAACCAUGCUUUUGGAAGCCCUGACUCGUUACAAACUAUUGGAUCGUUUCAAGACCAUAGUGGCCGGAUUCACUGACAGUUAUGCUUUAGCCGCCGAUAAAUGCAAGUCCACGGUGAAGUCGGUGUCGUUGAGAAUGUUGGCACGGGUUCUGCUCGAUGCCGAUUCCUUGUCAGUGGAUAGCGCUCUUGAUAGAGCGACAGCGGCUUAUAGAAUUGUUGAACAUUUAGCUCAAGGUGAACAACAGGAGGUUGGGGCUGGCGGUGAAGGCACCAGCAAAGAUAUGGUCGAAACAGCUCGCCAGUGGGCCAGGCCAGUACACACUGAGCUAGAGGCGCUAGCUAACCUCAAGAAACUAUUAGAAAGACAGAACACAUUCCGUCCUGUGUUUGCACCGCUACUGAGACUGGCCAAUCCUGAAAGGAAAAGAGUCACUCAACUACGAAGACUUUUAGCGGACGGAGGGUUUUUAUAUGACACACUCAAGGAAGCAUGGCAGGAACAACAGGUUGCUGGUCUAGAGAAGCAGUUGUCUUCAUUAACAGUUUCAGCAAACGAGAGCGACAUUAAGGAGUUGAUUGAAAUCUUCGACUGUCACUUUGACCCGGCCAAAGAACCCAAAGCACCGAGACCCAGAGCAACAAACAAAGUCAGGAGCUCGUCGUCAGCGGGUGAGGCUGAGGGCAGUUCCAGCGAAUCACAGAAGACGUCAGUACAUAACUCACCUAACAAGACUAAUAAUGAAGCCCCGGCAGAGCUGAGUCAGCCCUCGGAGGGGGAGAACUGAUGACACAAGCUUUCAUCACACGCCGCUGGGUGACACCGGCGGAUGUGACGUCACACUUGUAUACAUGGAUGUGACGUCACGGACAUAUAAAUAAGUCAUCCCGGUCGGAGUUUUUGCAUGCAUCAGCGAACGAGAGUUUACAUCGUAUAAUUUGUUUUGUUUAUAGUUUCGGUCGUUAACAAUGUCGGUUCAAACGCUUGGAUAAAUUUUAUAUGAUAUACAUAAUAUAGAUCGUAAUGUAGGUGAGUGCCUUAGCAACUCAGUGGUUUAAGAAUAUUCACACUUUUGUGUAGUGGCCGUCGGCUGACAACAGGCGCCUUAGUACGGGUCCGCGGCGACACUGCACACGGACAGUUCAGUUUUGGACUAUGAAGGGGAACUGGUAACGCUCCGUGUGCAGUGUGGCCGCGCACGCGUGGUAGUGCUGUUGGUACACCGUCUAUACUUAACGGUGUUUUUUUAUAUCAGAGGUAAUAUUUAUCGUUUACUCGCUUUAUAAUCGCAAAGUACCAUCAUUAUUAUUUAUUAUUGUUUUUAUUAAAGAGUAGAAGUAUUUAUUUUGUGUGCAAUCGCGCGGGCGGACUGAUUUAGCAUCCGAUAUAUUAUUUUUUUCAAUAUAUUUAUUUUUUGUGCAUUUCGCUAAACUAAUGACCUGUCUGUCGCAUGUUAUUUUUGUUCGUCUAGAGUAUGUGAGGUUAUUUCUCCUCACCGUACAAUAAUCUCCGCAUAAAGGACACAGUGUGUAACUAUUAACUUUCAUAUAAUUUAGUUUUUAACAUAGACUGUACAUAUAAUUUAAUUUCUUAUUUUGUUCAGAUCUCUAAUAAACAUGUAAGUCUA